GUUCGGUGAGGUACUAACGUACUGCGAUUGUAAAUGAGAGCAAUUCUUAAAGAUCAACGCGGUGCUUGGCAAUGAGAGCCUCCUUGACGUGACGACUUGGCCGCAGCACUACCAAGCCUUGCUUUGAAUAACAACUUGAAGUAUAAAAACGAAACGGGUUCAACCCCAAACUCCCAAUUCAAACGACUUGAUUUACUCUGACGUCAAAAAGUCAGCUCAAUAUUACCCCAACGUGAUGGCCACUACCUCUGGAAUUGGUGUCUCCCCCGAGCUGACAAAAGCAUUCUCUGAUGCUGUCGAGACAAAGAAUGUUCGGUUCUUCAAAGUCAUCAUUCAGGACGAGUCUCUCGUUCCUGUAGACUCAUUGCCAGUGACGGAUUCCUUCAACGAGGAUUUGGUACAACUUCAAGAUUAUCUCGAAGACAGGGAACCAUGUUAUAUCCUGGCGCGUCUCGAUGAUCCUCCUUCAGAAUGGCUUGCCAUCAGCUAUGUGCCAAAUUUUGCCAACGUUCGGGAUAAGACAUUGUAUGCUUCAACACGUAGUUCUUUGACCAGGUCGUUGGGCUCGACUAUUUUCACGGACAGCCUAUUUGCGAUUUCUAAAGCGGAUUUGACACCUGAAGCCUAUGAGGCUCACAAGAGGCACAAGGCUGCACCCAAGCCCCUGAGCGCACAGGAGCAAGAGAUGGCAAAUAUCAAGGCAGCAGAACGAGAAGCUGGAAACAGUUAUGAAGGCAGCAAUGCAAGAAAGAACCAUAUUGGUCAACGCGUUGGUCUGUCUUGGUCCUCGGAAGCUGAGGACGCUGUGAAGGCGCUUGGCUCGCGAAAUGAUAGUCGGAUUGUCAUAUUGAAAAUUGAACCAUCAACCGAGUCGCUUGAGCUGGACUCUUUCGUAGAUGUAACAGUGGACAAUUUGAGUUCAAGCAUACCAAGUGACCAACCAUCAUAUGUAUUCUAUGCAUGGGCGAACCCGUAUUCUCAGGCAGGCGGAGAUGUCGUCUUUAUAUACUCUUGCCCUACGACAUCACCUGUUCGAUACAGGAUGCUCUACUCAUCAGCGGCAAUAUCAACUUAUCUCGCUGUGAAGGAAUUCUUGGUGGAAAGUGGGUCAACAUUCCCGCUUGCCACAAAGAGGUUCGAAACGUCGGACCCAGCGGAACUCGAUGAGUCCUUCCUCAAGGCUGGUCUCAACCAUAAUGGACCCGUAGAUGCUAUUGUUAACAAUAAUGGUGCUCGGGAGGAUUACCCUGCAAAACCCUCAUUCGCGAAACCGAAAGGCCCUGCAAGGAGACGAUGAAAGCUAAAGAAAGAUGGUAAUAUUGUAACUAAAUGUGCAGUAGUGUGAACAUACCAACUUAGAUACGAACUUGUAUAAGUAAUUGGCUAUAACUUGUAUGGAUGGUUGAGGGAACGUGAGUCGUGACAUCCACACUUACAUAUCCUUCCGGGAA